ACUGGUGUGAUACACAGCCUUUGUUUUUUUUUGAAUGAUCGUUCUGAUCAGGUAUUACAUUGCAAUUAUCUACUAUAGAAAUUGCUGUAAAUUAUCAAUUAUUUAUUGCAACAAUUCUUAUGAAUUCUUUUUGUGAAAUACUGUGGUUGGGAAGGAUACUCUUUAAUAUUGAUCUAUAAUCGUAAAAUAGUUGUGACAGUAGAGUAGAGUAAUUAUCUCUAAUUUUGGUAUAGAUCUUUGCCCUGAAGGUAUAAAAAAAGAUCGAUUGCUAUGAAUUAGUGAAGAAUAAAGUUGAGUGAAAUCCCAAAAAUGACUGAGAGCCUUGUCAGUGAAUGGCUUGCUGAUUGCGCGGAUCUUUCUCCAAACGAAUUGCACAGUUUUGCAAGUACCCUCGCCCAAGAUAAUGAGAUAGUACGGGCACUUUAUGUUUUGCUGGAAGAACGCACCAAGUAUAAUCAGUUGGUCGACACUGUGUGCAAUAAAUUAUUCGAUUUUUAUCGAUCUCAAGAAACUGAACUUGAGCGCUUCACAUUGCAAUUUUUGCCAACAUUAAUAUACAUUUAUUUAAAUUCUGUUGCCCAUGGUGAUAUUAAGAAUUGCCGGUCUGUCGAAACACUGUUGAUCGGAUUAUAUAAUUUGGAAGUUGUGGAUGCGAGUGGCCAACCAAAAGUCGUGUCAUUCAGAUUGCCCUCCUUAGCUAUGCUAUCGAUUUAUCACGAACCUUCUAGCUUGGCACCUGCAUCGUUGACUGAAAGUGCUGUUCGUCGAUUUGAAGAGUGCAACACGAAACUUGUGACGUGGGGACCAUUGCAGCAAGUGGAAAUACUAAAUGCUCAGAAUAGAUUAAGAGUGAUGACGGCUUUACUUUUCAUCUACAAUCAGCAGCUUUCAUUUAUAUCGAAACAUUCGCUGGAGCAAUUGUGCAAGGUUGCCACAAAACUUGUGACACAGGGAUUUAUGAAGCCAGGUCAUCAUCAGAGGUCUUCGUACAAUAGUGAAUCAAGUUUUGUACCGCGGCUCUUGCCUCGGAUACCCGUUUCUAGUCAAUUUCUUCUCGAGUUUCUCCAUGCAAUCUACUUCGCCAUGUACAAUGAGUGUUGGUAUGUCGCAAAUCAAGCCGCGGAAGACCUCCACAAUAGAGCGUGUUAUGAAACCUAUCCUAAUGUUAUGUUGGUUACGAAUGCAAUACGUAAUUCCGGCAGUUCUGGACCUUCAGGACAACCAGGGGAAAAUUCUACAGGAAUUGGAGUUGCUAUGUCUUCUGCUACGACUGGCACGCCGAUGUCCAAGUCCAUGAUAACAAAUGCAUCAUUCCGCACCAAAAAAUUACCAGAUGACAUCCCGAUUCAAAUUGCAAAGGAAGAAACAGGUGUUGAUGGCCAUCACUUGAAGUCCAUCACGGAAGAUCAAGAAGUGGCGGAACCGACUCGGCCCGGUUCUGUACGUCAACCGAAAGACACGAAAGUUGGGUCAAAAAUGACCAAUUUCUCGGGCCUGGGGAAGAAAGCCAAGGAGAGGGAAGGGAAAGCGCAGAGAAAUUCGGGUGUCUCGGCAAGUGAAAAGGACAGAAAGGCCGCAGCGCAGGGGGCGGCACUGAAAGAGAACACGAGAGCAGGUCGCUCAAUUUUGAAUGUUGAGUCGGGCGAUACGGAGGCAAGUGUCAGUGGCACUAGAAAGAAAAUACUGAUUGUCGAAAAUUCGUCAAUUGUGGAUGCAAGCACGAGUUUGAUCGACAGCGAGCGGUUAGCUGCGAGUGGCGAGGGCUUGGAAAAUAUUCAUUUAGACUCUUCCGCCAGUUUAGUAAGAUAUAACAACGACCCGGAAUCUGGAGCUUCAUCUAUUCAGGUCAGCUCGGUCUAAAAUGUUUUAGUCUCAUUUUGUGACAGGGUGCGGAUUUCGAUACCUGUACAGAUGCUCUUCUUUUCUAUAGUAUUGUUAUUUACUUGUGUAUUUAGUGCAGUUAGGAUACAAUAAUAUUUAAAGUGCCUAAUUUAAUGGUUGAUAUCUGGAGUAAUUUUUUAUUUAUUUCUGGUCUCCUCUGCUGGAAAAUCGUAACUUUUCCUUUGUCAGAAGGAGGAUCAGAUCUUCUCAUACAAGAAAUGUUACAGGUUAUCAUAAGAAAUUGAGAGUUCCUCUCGAGAUUCGUGUCUCAAUUUCGUGUGCUGAUCCUCUACCUAGAGUUCUUGAAUGUCCAAGAAUUUAUGUUGAGCAAAUGCUCUCGAGAAUAUGCUCAGAAUUUAAGCUCGAGCAGAGCAUUUAUAGAGCAUUUAAGAGAAGUUGAAGCAUUUAUUGUUUAAACAAAUAUAUAUUAUAAUUACUACAUAUAUUUUUACAAAAACAUUUUCUAGAGUGAAAUAAACAUAUACUUUGUUAAAUUAUAGAGUUGUUACAGAACAGGUAAAUCCAGAAACUAAAGUUCAAGUUAAUUUUAUUAUUAUGGUUCAAAAUCGUAGCCAUUUAAUUU